UUAAAUUUUUGUGGUUAUGUUUAGUGUCAUUUCAUUAAAAAUCAAAUCCUCGCAUUAUUUCAUUAUAGUUUAAAUAAUUAAUUAAAAACAAAGUAUGUCUUUUACAUUUGGAAGUACUUCACAACCAACUUUUGGAGCCACACAACCUAAAGUUUCAUCCUUUGGGUCUGGCUUCGGGACGCCGGCGUCAACGGCGUCCACCGGCUUUGGUUUCGGUGCACAACCUCAGCAGCAAGCAGCACCCGCUUUCGGAGCCUCCACCUUUGGGGCACCGGCAGCCUCUACCGCCCCCACAUUUGGCUCUACCUUCGGAGCUCCCGCCAGUAGCGCCCCCUCCUUCGGUAACACAUUCGGCGCCCCCGCCACCUCGACCCCGGCCUUCGGGGGUGGAUUUGGCACGGCCGCCGCCACCCCAAGUUUGUUUGGAGCCCAAACCACAAAACCGUCACUUUUCUCGACGCCAGCUUCUGGUACUUCAACUUUAUUUGGAGGAACCCAAACAACUCAGGCGACUGGCCUCUUUGGUGCAACUAAUACCAGCGCAGCUCCUAGUCUCUUUGGCACAGCAACCUCUUCCACCCCGUCUCUUUUUGGUAGCUCCUUUGGCACCACUCAGACGUCAGCCCCAAGUCUCUUUGGCACCACCGGGACAACUCAAACAGGGUUUGGCACUGGCGGAGGAUUAUUUAAUACCGCCACAUCGUCCGCUCCGUCACUGUUCGGUUCAACCGGUUUCGGAACGAGUACCACAACUUCUGGAUUCGGAGGUUUUGGCGGGACGACCGGUGGUUUUGGAGGGUUUGGCACGAAUACCAGUACCACCAAUUUGUUUGGGAAUUCAUUUGGAGCUAAACCUGCUACAACAACUGCACCAACUCAAACACCCCAGUCAAAUGCUCAACUUGCUGUAGCCAGUGUAUACGCAAUAAAUGUGUUUAAUGACGAAAGAGACGACAUCUUAAAGAAAUGGAAUAUGCUGCAGGCUUGUUGGGGCACCGGCAAAGGUUUUUACAACAUGCAACAACCGCCCAUUGAUUAUAAAUGCCAGAACCCCUUCUAUCGUUUCAAAGCCAUCGGUUACAACAUAAUUCCGGAACAAGACAACUCGGAAGGGAUAGUCAAAUUAAUAUUUAAUAAAAAGAUUUCAGAGUUACAAAACCACAGGGAAGUAUUAAAAAAUGGUAUCGGAGGCAUUCUCGGAAACAAGCCGAAUCUAACUGUGGACGUGACUCAAAUUAAGUCAGCCAGUGAUUCUCAGACUGAGGUCAGAAUUACUGUAUCUGAAAAAGGUGUUACUGGAAGCGUCAGAAAAAUACCGGCCACCGAUCUUUCAGCCUAUUUAAAUCAGCCAACUCAAAAGCAACAAUUAUCUAAUGUAGGAGUUACUUGUAUAACGCCUUUUAUUACUCCCAGCAAAGCUGAACUAGAAGAAUAUUUGAAAUCUCCACCUGAAGGAGUCGACGCCCAAAUGUGGCAAGCUGCUAUACAAGACAAUCCCAAUCCCAAGAAAUACAUUCCUGUGGCAAUAAACGGAUUUUCGGACUUAAGGUCUAGAAUGAUAAGUCAAGAACAUCAGACUGGUCUCCACCAAGCCUUUCUGGAGAAAGUUAACAAGGAAAUUAGUGAACUGAAGACUAAAGAUGCUUCUUCAACGGCCCAAAUAUCCGAAUUAAAACAUAAAUUUUUAGAAUUACAACAUCGCAUAUUAAGGAUAUUAGUAAAACAGGAAAGUACGAGAAAAGUAGGCAUAGCGAUUCAACCUGAAGAAGACAUGUUAAGAGGACGUUUGGAGAUGAUGUAUGCUCACUUAAAUGCGCCAAAACAAUAUAAAGGCCAAAUAAACGAAUUACUUUCACAUGUUAAAUUGAUAGAAGGUAGUAAAAAACAAUCCACCCAAAAUUAUAGAAUCGAUACAGAUUCGGAGGAAGAUAUUAAACAGUUUUUGAAAAUGGAACAGGAUGGUGUUUCUCAAUUGAUUAACAUAGUCAAGUGUGAUUUACAGGCUAUUAAAAUAAUAAAUGAGGGCUUGCAACAAAUGUUACAGAGUAAUACCCAUUAAUUUUUUAUUUUUAAGUAAUUGUAAGAUUGAUACACAAAUUGUCGGAUAUUCUUAUUGUUCCUCUUUUUAAUAAAUUGUGUUUUUAGAUAUUUUGCAGGCAAUUAAAUAUUAAAUCAAGUUUCAUUGACACUUAAACACUAUGUUUUGUCUAUUCUAAGUUUGAUUUGUUCUAAAAUACAAUUUAGACGUAAUUUAUUGGUCACCAUUAUAUCAAUAUUAUCUAUGUAUGUGCAUGUAAAUUGUUAAAUUAAUUAUUUUUUUAAUAAAGUUAUUUUU